AUGGUGUUGACUGCUAGACAAAGGGAUGAAUUAAAUUAAGCAAUACAUCAAUAUUUAUUGAUAAGCUAUCAAUAAAGUGCAUAAGUGUUUAAAAUAGAAGCUGUUGUUAAGGAUGGAUAAAUAGAAGCUGAUUUAUUGGAAAAAAAAUGGAAUUCUAUUGUAAGGUUGUCAAAAAGAGUAAUAACUUUGGAAUAGCAAGUAGAACAAUUGAAUGAAUAAUUAGCAUAAGCUUAAGCUGGCAAAAUACAAUUUAAUAAAUGUACAACAAAUAAAGUUAAGAUAUAGCUGAUGAUGAAUAAAGAUUAACACCAAUUGAGAAAUUUAAAUUAGAAGGACAUAGAGCAGGAGUGAAUUGUAUCGCUUUUCAUCCCUAAUACUAAAUUCUGGGUUCAGCAAGUGAUGAUGGCAGUAUUAAAUUAUGGGAUUACGAAAGUGGUCAUUUCGAAAAAACCUUAAAAGGACAUACAAGUAAUGUAAAUUGUUUGGCAUUUGAUCCUACUGGAAAAUAUAUUUGUAGUGCUAGUAGUGUAUAAUUAAAUUUGAUAAUAAGGAUUUAUCAAUAAAAUUAUGGGAAUUAAAAAAUCAUACUUGUGUAAAAACACUUAUUGGUCAUGAACAUAGUGUAUCAACUGUUUAAUUCUCUGAUCAUGGAGAUUUUAUAUUGAGUGCUAGUAGAGAUAAAAGUAUCAAAUUAUGGGAAGUGUAGACUGGAUUUUGUAAGAAAACCUUUUCUGAGCAUCAAGAAUGGGUCAGAUGUGCUGUAUUUAGUAAUGAUGAAAAGCAAAUGGCUUCAUGUUCUUAAGAUUAAAUGAUUUAUAUAUGGGUAAUAGAUAAUGGAUAAAUUUUGCAUUAAUUAAGUGGACAUGAACAUGUGGUUGAAUAAGUUAAAUAUGUUCCAGAACAUGGGGCUAAAUAAAUAUUGACUUAAUAAUAACAACAAAACAUUUAAACUAUUAAUUUAUUAGUUUCUGUAUCAAGAGACAAGGAAAUAAAAAUUUGGAAUACUAUUUUAGGAACAAAUCUAUUUACAUUAUCUGGACAUGAUAAUUGGGUUAAUGGAGUCUCUUUUCAUCCAGAUGGUAUUCAUAUGCUUUCAGUAUCUGAUGAUAAGACUAUUAGAGUAUAUAUAUUAUAUUUAUAAUAGGUUUGGAAUUUGAAAGAAUAGAAAUAAAAAAAGAAGAUUGAAAAUGCUCAUGAUAAAUUCAUUUUAAAAUGUGAAAUAAAUAAAUUUAUAUUCGCCACAUGUUCAGUAGAUCAAACAAUUAAAUUAUGGCUAUUAAGUUGA